AUGGCACCCCAGAAGUCUCUCUCCUUGACUCUGUUCUUCAUUGUUGUGGUUAUAGAGACUGGCUUGGCACAGGAAGCUGAAACUGACCAUUGUGCAGAUCUAAAAGGCUUGUCCCAGUGUGGCCCAGGCAAGUUCUUUCUCCAGGGCCAACCAGGGAUUCCAGGAAUACCGGGAACAAGUGGACCACCUGGGGCGAAGGGAGACACUGGCCCUCUGGGGCCUCCUGGUAAGAAAGGCUCUGCUGGGUUGCCAGGGAAGGCUGGACCCAAAGGGGACCAAGGAGUCAAAGGAGAAGCCUGUACUGAGCACAGCUUGGCUCAUUGCCCGCAGCAAGGAGCCCGGAACUGCAAAGAACUGUUAGACCGCGGGGAGACUCUUAGCGGGUGGUACACCGUCUUCACCGUAACAGGAAAAAAACUAACUGCGUUCUGUGAUAUGGAGACGGAUGGAGGAGGUUGGCUGGUGUUCCAGCGGCGACAAGAUGGAUCAGUGGAUUUCUAUCGUGACUGGGAGUCCUAUAAAAGAGGCUUUGGGAAUCAGGAGUCAGAGUUCUGGCUGGGCAAUCAGAACAUCCACCUGCUCACCAGCUCUGGAACAUACCACCUGCGGAUUGAUGCUGAGGACUUCAGUAACGGCAGAACUUUUGCCCUGUAUACUGGCUUCCAAGUCCAGAGUGAGAAGGAAAACUAUGCACUGGUCUUGGGUGCUUACUCCCAAGGUGACAUGGGUGAUUCUCUCUCUCAACACAAUCGGAUGGCAUUUACAACGCAGGACAGAGAUAAUGAUAUCAAUGACCCCUCCAACUGUGCUGUGGAAUACAAGGGUGCCUGGUGGUACGAAGGAUGCCACAACUCGAACCUCAAUGGGCUUUACUUGAAAGGUGAUCACAGCUCUUAUGCCAAUGGCAUCAACUGGGCAUCUGGGAAAGGGUAUUAUUACUCUUACAAAUACGUUGACAUGAAAAUCAGGCCACAGUAG